GAUUACUGCGACAUGAUUGAAAAGGGAUACGAGGAGGACUAGCAUCAGUUCCUUUCCUUUCUCUUCUUCUCUCUUUCUCUUCUUUUUCCACAGUUCUCUGCGGAGGAGAACAAGGCAUUUGCCGUGAUAAGUUGGCACUGCUUGCUGCUGCUAAGGCCAGCCAUUGAAAGAAAUCCCAAAAGCAAAUUUCAAAUAUUUUUCAUGAUCGGAUUAUGAGUGAAUGAAAGCGAUAACCCGAAAUAUUCACAGCUGUAAUCAAAUGUCCGUUUGUCUCUCAUAUCUGUUAUGGAAUUUUGUGGUGUUUCUUCUGUUUUGGGUCCUUACUGUCUUUUAUCUUUCUGGCUAAUCUCUAUGCUCUAAAAGCUAACAAACACUAACACUACUAUUGUUGCCUAGCUCUCUCUUUCUUCUAUUGUAUGAUCUUUUUUUGUUACUUGGAUUUUGGGGCUCAACAACCAAGGUUAAGGUUCUUGCCUUUUUGGGCUUUCUUUUUCUUUAAUCUUUCUUGUCCUUUCUCGUUCCAUCACCUCAAGAAUCAGAGAGUGACACAGAAAGCCGCUUGCAAUUAUAUGUCAUUCAAUUACUGAUUUUCUUCUUCUAUUACGACACAAUAUAUGUUCAUUAUCUUCUUAUAUAUAAUUUGACUUCCCAUGUUUUCUCCAUCUUUUCUUCUUCUCUACAAACUUUUCGCUCCAAUACAUUCAUCGCAUUGAACUCCUUGGCCUUUUGAGAAAUGGGGUGUAGUCACAAUCUGCUUUUGUGUCAAAGACUUGGUUAUGUUACCAUUUCCUUUCUCUUUCUCUUGAUUUCAAGCUCCACCCAUGUGAGAUUCAAGACAGAAGGCAGAGCUAAUCCAAAAUCUGCUACCUUUCCAAAGACAGAAAAUGAAGAGAAGAUGAUUAUGAGAUCUCAGAUAGGCUCAAGGCCUCCAAGAUGCGAGCGAAGGUGCAGUAACUGUGGACGUUGUGAGGCUAUUCAGGUGCCUACAAAUCCCCAAGUAAAUCAUGGCAACAUAAACUACCCAACAGUCUCCAACAUUGUUUAUGCAAGAGGAGAUGACUGGUCCAACUACAAGCCAAUGAGUUGGAAGUGCAAAUGUGGAGAUUUAAUCUUCAACCCUUGAUUAUAUUUCUUAAUUAUAUGAGCUUCCCUAGGUGUUGACAACAAAAUUUUUUUUUUUACUUUGAAGAAUGUACAUUAUUGAUAUUGAAAGAAGAUUUUUCUUCUA